UUUGUUCUGCAUAGAUAGCCAGCCAAUGUAACGCCUCAAUCACAUCGAUUGUGUUUUUAGCAAUUGCAAUUUGGGACAUCAGAAGUACAUUAAUUUCCAAUGGAACGCUGCGUGUGCUUUGCACUAUUGCGUUACAGAGGACUAAUCUGUACGUUCUGUGUACGUUGGACGUAUCUAACAUAUGCGUAGACGGUUUGACAAAGCUGGUAGCAGAAUGUUAUUAAUGUUGAACUUUUGUUGCACACAUAUCCAAAUUGUGCCGCGUACCAUUUUUUAAAAAUUCCCUUGCAAUGUCGGUGUGAUCGAGGCGUAACCAUUGUAACGAGACAAAUGUUUUGUUUUCAAUCAUCCACCUUUUAGGUCAGAGAGUUGAGGGUGCGGUGUGCCUGGUUACCAGCUAACAUGGCUACCUAGAGCAGCGAAGCGGCGUUUUUCUUCUCUCUCUCUCUCCAGCCUUUCAAUCUUGGGGGAGCUGUCUCGAUCAGCCAACUAGCAAUCUUUCCACAACACGGCUGAUUACAAGAUAAUCAACAAAAUUGGAGAAGGGACAUUUUCAGAAGUGGUGAAGGCUCAAAGCCUGAAAGAUGGGAAAUAUUAUGCGUGUAAAACGAUGAAGCAGUCACUCAGCAGCCUGGAACAGGCCAACAACCUGCGAGAAGUCCAGGCCAUGAAAAGACUAAACCCUCACCCAAACAUCAUUCAGCUGCAUGAAUUGAUAUUUGACAAAGAGUCAGGGACUCUGUCCUUGAUAUGUGAGCUGAUGGAGAUGAACAUCUAUGAGUUCAUACGAGGGAGGCAGCAGCCUUUGCCAGAAAGUAAAAUCAGACACUACAUGUACCAACUUUGCAAGUCACUCGAUCAUAUGCAUAGCAACGGGAUCUUUCACCGGGACGUUAAGCCAGAGAACAUUCUAAUCAAACACGACGUGCUCAAACUUGGAGACUUUGGCUCAUGCAGGAGUUUGCACUCCAAGCCCCCCCACACAGAGUACAUCUCCACCCGCUGGUACAGAGCCCCAGAGUGCCUCCUCACAGACGGCUAUUACUCACACAAGAUGGACAUGUGGAGUGUAGGAUGUGUUUUCUACGAGAUCAUCAGUCUCAGCCCUCUGUUUCCGGGAAGCAAUGAGUUGGAUCAGGUGACCAAGAUCCACGAUGUUUUGGGUACACCUGACAACAGUCUCCUUCAAAAAUUCCCUCAGUCUAGGGCGAUGCGUUUUGACUUCCCUCUGCGGAAAGGCAGUGGAAUAUCUCAGCUCAUCCCAAACUCUUCGGCACCCAGUCUGUCAUUGCUCUACCAGAUGCUGACCUACGACCCAGAGGAGCGCAUUGGUGCAAGAGCGGCGCUACAGCACAUAUUUUUUAGAGAGCUACGGCUGGCGGAGAGGAGAGCUGAUAGUCUGCGCAGGGCCAUUGUGACUGUAGAGGGAGGAGAGAGCAGUGGGACCCCCAACUCUGUGGAUCACCUGCGGCGCAUGGCCAGACAGGGCAGGAGGCAGCACAACAUAAAGCAUGUUGCCGAGCCUCUGAUCAGACGCAACGCCCCACAUGUGGAAUUACCAAAGCUCAAUGUGGUAGUGCCUGCACCCCAGAUUACCUACCCUGUUAGCACAGUGCCAGUUCUCACCAUCACUCACCGUGGGUCCCUCCCAGCCAUCACAUCAAAAAAGUGCCACUCCCGGUUGGCUAAGCCAAGGGAUGAAUCCCACUGCUCUGCUUUCAAGACCUACUACAUGCCUCCUCUGGAUAGGAAACCUGGUGGCUACUGAGAGCCCCAAUUCUUAACUGUUGCUGUUCAACAGACCUGUUGUACCUGCUGUACAUACUCUCUGAUUUUUUAAAAUUUGGUUAGACAUUGUUGAACAAAGCUACUUAGCUACUUCAAAGCCUGCUGCUUUCUUGUGAGCAAUGCUAACAUGGUGAUGGACAAAGGAAUGUCCCAUAGCGAUAAUUACCAGGGUUAAUUUGUAUAAGUCAUCAUUCUGGCAGAUGAAAUACAACAUGAUCCACAAAGUAUAUUUGACUCAUUUGUCAUCAGUGUUAGGCAAAUGAGAAGAUGCCUAUUGACCGUUAAUAACCGAACCAUUUCCUAACUAGUUGUGUCAUGUUCUUAACGGCUCAAAAGUGAGCAAAUGACUACUCACAUGCAAAGCAGAACUUCAAGGACGAGCUCUGAUAUACUGAAUGUACAAAACAUUAGGAACACCUGCUCUUUCCAUGACAGACUGACAAUGUGAAUCCAGGUGAACGCUAUGAUCCCUUAUUGAUGUCACUUGUUAAAUCCACUUCAAUCAGUGUAGAUGAAGGGGAGGAUACGGGUUAAAGAAGGAUUUUUAAGCCUUGAGACAUGGAUUGUGUAUGUGUGCCCUUCAGUGGGUGAAGGGGCAAAACAAAAUAUUUAAGUGCCUUUGAACAGGGUGUGGUAGUAGGUGCCAGGCGCACCAGUUUGUGUCAGGAACUGCAACAAUGCUGGGUUUUUCCACGCUCAACAGUUUCCCGUGUGUAUCAAGAAUGGUCCACCACCCAAAGGACAUCCAUCCAACUUGACAACUGUGGGAAGCAUUAGUCAUCAUGGGACAGCAUCCUUGCAAAACACUUUCAACAACUUGUAGAGUCCAUUCAAUGAGAAAUAUGAGGCUGUUCUGAGGGCAAAAGCAGGGGGUGCAACUCAAUAUGUUCCUAAUGUUUUGUACACUCAAGUGUAUUUAAUACAAAUCUUCUGAAAGAUCAGGUGUUAGUUCCUUGGUAAGUUCAUUGAUUCAGCACAGUGCAUUGUAUCCCAGUGCUAGAUCAAAUCUGAUUUUUGGAAAUUCUUUUUUUUUUUGUUGCUCACAGAGCAUAUCUUCAUGAUACAAUCAACAUUGUAGAUUUCCUAGACCACCUGCGACUUCCAAAGCAAUAGUCAAGUACAUGACAAUUACAAAAGUAACCAACUCCAUAAACUCUCAAUGUUUUAGUAUCGCCCCUGGGUCUGGAGGGCCGCGUGCACGUCAUGUUUUUGAUUUAACCAACCCGGAAGACCAGGUGGGUUGAAUAUAUCACUAAACUGAUCAAUUACCUCAGUUGAUCAGGUGUGGUGCCUAGUUGGAACAAAAUCCUUCAUUUCCAUCAGAAACAGGGUUGCCUACCCCUGUACGACUGCAUUGCCAUAAGAGUAUAACAUGUAUACACUUGAGAAAAAGCAACAUAUUUUGUAAGUUCUGUGAAUGUUUUGCCUUUUGUUCUAUGACAUAUUACAUAAGAUUUUCCAAUACCGUGA